AUCAGUGGUAAACACAGUCAGCUGUUGCUUCUGUUGCUGUUGUUUUAGAAAGUUUUUGUUUUUAAUAACAAUAUACUUUAUCGCUCGUAAAUCCACCCUAUGUGUUCAUUCGGACAUAGUGCGGAAUUGAAAAAAGUAAAACUGAGUAGUUAACGACGAUAAAUCGCGGACAUCGCCAGCAAGCGUCAACAGCAACAGCAGCUGGAGCCUCGCAGUAUCUCAAUCCACUUCGUCGCGCUUGGAAGUCUGCGGAAACUGCGCUGCAGUCUGGCGAAUGAAUUGCUAAUUCCAUUAUCUGCGGUAGUCGUCAUUCCGACUGCCAAUUUCCGCGAGAUAAAGUCAGCAGACUAAGAAACAAACGGGUGACGGACGGAGAAUCAUGCCUCGCAACGAUACGGAAGCCCUGGUGGAGGAGGAGGCUGGUGAGGAUGCAGCGCCACGCAUUCUGGAUGCCACCUCGCUGCCGGUGAGCAAUGUGUAUCUUACCCCGCCUCCUGCCCCGCAUGACCUCAACAGCUAUCGCUGGUUCAUCCUGGAGCCCGCAGUUUUCCUCAUAUUCUUCGCUAGAUAUUUAAUUGGGGCGGUUUAUCAGAAUCAGAUCCUCUACCAGACCUGCGUCACCAUCAUGAAAUUUAAUGCCACGGAAUGCGAGCCGUUGCUGGGCAUUGAUCGCGGAUCAGAUGCGGAUAAAAAAAUCGAGAUUGUAGUACAAACCUAUUCGGCCAACAUCAUGAUGACAACCUCCUUGUUGGAGAGCAUAAUCCCAGCCUUUGCGAGUCUAUUCCUGGGUCCCUGGUCCGACAAGUUUGGCAGGCGUCCCAUUCUCUUAACGACGUUUACUGGUUACCUUACUGGCGCCAUAAUACUGAUCGUUAUUACCAGGAUAACCAUGUCCACAAAUAUUAGUCCUUGGUGGUUCCUCCUUUCCUCAGUGCCUUCGGUUCUAAGUGGCGGAACUUGUGCCCUAAUCACGGGAAUCUAUUGCUACAUUUCUGAUGUGGCCAAGGAGCGGAAAAGAGCUUUGAGAAUGGUUCUCAAUGAGGCCUCUCUCUGCACUGGCAUGAUGGUGGGCAAUGUGGCUAGUGGUUAUAUCUAUGCCGCCACGAAUGCCUUGACUCUCUUUGCCAUUGCGGGCUUCCUGAUGACGUUGGCCUUGAUGUUUGUCUUCUUCUUUGUACCUGAGAGCUUGAAUCCUGCAGAUAUACACACAGGAUCACGGUUGCGAGAGUUCUUCCGUUUCGACUUGGUCAAGGAUCUGGUUCGCACCUGCUUCCAAAGGCGGCCCAACUAUGAUCGUGCCAUCAUUUGGCUAACUAUGGUCGCCCUGACCAUAGCCAUCUUUGAUAUGGAGGGCGAGGGAACUGUGAAUUACAUGUUCAUGCAGGAGCAGUUCAACUGGACCAUCAAGGACUUCAGCCUGUUCAACGCGUCCCGCAUUGUUAUCCAAAUUGUGGGCAGCAUAGUUGGCAUGGUGGUGCUGCGCCGUGUCUUCAAGCUGUCCAUCGUCACCAUGGCAAUGCUAUCCCUCGCUUGUUGCGUCCUGGAGAGCACGGUGCGGGCAACGGCCGUCUACUGGCAGGAGAUGUACCUGGGCAUGACGCUAGGCAUGAUGCGCGGUGUCAUGGGUCCCAUGUGCCGUGCAAUUCUCUCCCACGUGGCGCCCAGCACGGAAGUUGGCAAGAUAUUCGCUCUGACCACAUCGAUGGAAUCGGUGUCCCCGCUGGGAGCAGCUCCUCUCUAUACAACCGUCUACAAGGCCACCGUGGAGUCUUAUCCCGGAGCUUUCAAUUUCAUAAGCGCCGGCCUCUACUUUGUUUGCUACGUUUUAAUUGCUGUGAUUUUCGGCAUCCAAAAAUCGAUGGGCAGCAGCAGCACCUAUCAGGCUAUUGGCAGUUAACAAGGAAGACUGGGUUAGCUGAAUGUAUCUCAUAGAUUGAAUUCCCCCUAUUUUUGUAUAUGAACGCCUCUCUUUUUGUGCAAGUAUUAAUCGUAUAAUGUACAAUGAUUUUUAUCUGUGUUUUGCAUGUGCAAGCAUUGUAAAGUUAGAAAAAAUACAUCGUCCGUUUGCAGUAGUGUGACAAUAAACUGGAACGACGCCAAAAA